UGGUUGAUCGCUGUUUGCGGGACGACCAGUUUGACAUCGUUGAUGAUAUCAACCUUGGCUAUUUAUCUGCAGUCGAGUAACUACAGAAAACCAUUUGAACAGCGACUCAUAAUCAGAAUACUGCUUAUUGUUCCAUUAUUUGCGAUCACUUGCUUUGUAACUUUGAUCAACCCAAGCAUAGGGAAUAUCAUUGAACCGAUUAGAGAAAUUUACGAAGCGCUAGUUAUCUAUACGUUUUACAAGCUCCUUGUUUAUAUGCUUGGGGGUGAACGAGAAAUCAUUCAACACUCAUUUGACAAGCCGAAAACAAACCAUCCGUUUCCCGCUAAUAUCAUCUUCUGUCCCAUUGACUUUUCCAACCCUUCACACUUUUUACUCGUCAAGAGAUGUAUCCUACAAUAUGUGUGGGUUAAACCACUUUUAUAUUUAGUGAUCAUAGUUGGAUCUAUUGCCGGAAUAUAUGAUAGCUCAGACAUUUCAUGGGGGAGCUUGUACACUUGGACAGGAAUAGCUUAUAAUGUGAGUGUCACUAUCUCACUAUACUAUCUUGCUAUGUUCUGGAAAUGCUUAUAUUCCGAGCUAAAAAAGUUUAGCCCUUGGGGUAAAUUUAUGUGUGUGAAGCUAAUCAUUUUUGCUUCGUAUUGGCAAGGCUUGAUGCUUGAUGUAAUGACUUGGGCAGGUUUGAUCUCCCAGAAGAGUCCAUCAGACUUGGCCAAUUUGACGGGGAGUCAAAUUCAAAAUGCAUUGUUAUGUUGUGAAAUGAUAUUCUUUGCAUUAUUGCACUGGCAUUCUUUUCCAUAUACUGACUUCACUCAGGAUAAAUAUGGUGAUGCAGCCCGCGUGUCUACUUUCCAUGCCUUCAAAGAUUGGAUUUCUCUUGGAGAUCUUGCUUACGACCUCAAAAUGACAACACUGUAUGGAGAUAUGUACAAUUUUCGCAAUUUUGACUCCAUCAACGAUAAUCGAAUCUAUCCAAAUUCUGCCAGCUUUAAUCAGCGUAUUUACGAUGGGCUGCGUUAUUCUUCUGAUGGCCGUAAAUAUUGGCUC